AUGAGAAGCACUGCCUUCGCCAAUGGUGAAAAUGCCAGAAGACCUCGUAGGGGAUCAGUGGUGAAGGACUCAGAAGACAUAGCUUCCUCACACACUCAGGGGAACCAGCAAGGAGUCCUUGUCAAGCGGAAUCGUACGGAAGUAAGGAGGCGGCGUGCUGGCCGACUUUUGUUACUUGUUGCUGGGACGGCGUUUGCCGCUGCGCUUCUGAUAUUUCAGUCCAUUUGUCAUCUCAACGUCCGUAGAAGUGCACGUGGUCUCUCAACAGCAGGUAGGGAAAAGGGAGCAAAAGGACAACCAAAAUAUUGUAGACUAGGCACUAGAGAAGAAUAUGGGAUGGCUGGGGGUGCAGUUAUGGAAUCUGAAGACGCCGAACUGCACGCGAAAGCUUUGGCAGUCAUGCGGUCUUUUGUCGCCUUUACCAAAGCUAGUGAACACGCACUACGAGGGUCCAGUGAUGAAGUGAAGAGAAAUACAGUAUGCUUUCUUGUCAGUCUUUUUGUGCAAGAACUUACCGCUAGCGUUUUGUUCCCAGAGAGUGCCCCCGCUGAUUCGGAACAUACUUUCCGCCUACCAUGUACUACCAACAGUGAAGCAAUGAGGACUUCGAAGCAGUCUUCGCCGGAUUCUGACCCAAACUCACAUACUAGAUGGGAGACUGAAGUGGCUGCAGAUCCUGUGCUAGACUCCGACAGCAUGUCUGAACUGGAGGUGCGUGACCAAUUUUCUGACCAACUCUCUCUCUUUUAUAUUAGUGAACCGCCACCUGGUCUCAGUAGCGAAUCUUUGACACCAUCAGCAACCCCUCAAAAUAACCCUUGGCAUAGGCUUGAAUCCUCUUCGUCUCAACGUAUGGAACCGCAUCCAGUCGCGCCCCUAAAUACAACAGCAUUAUCGAAUGCUCGAAGGUCAGGCGAGCCAUCUAGUGACUCUUACAGUUUGGCGCAUGGCGAGGCGUGGCGUAACAUUUGGUCUAGUUCUAAGCCAGGAUCGUCUUCAGUUUCGUCAGCAGCAGAAGGUAUUACCACUGUGUCACUGUGGGAAAUAACCCCUAUGCCGUCCCAAGACAUGGUCCAGCGAGACGCAAAGUCUGACGUAUUGUCUGUUCCUGCAUCUUCUUCGUCGAUGGGCAUGCUGCCGCAGCAAUUACUCGUACCUUCAGGCAGGCUGUCAAAGGCUCCAGGUGGCCACAGGCCGCUCAAACCGUUCUACGGUGUGGACUACGGAACGUCGAAGCUUAGCCCCCUUACAGCUACGCCACCAUAUGAGUCUCCAAGUGCAAGAAGAGAGUCUCCUUUGCUGGCCAGAAGUGGGAUGGCAAAGGCUCCAGGGUCAGAACGUCUGCCAAAGCAGACUUUUCACGGUGUGGCCCAGGGUGAGCCAGCGGUGGUGGGGAUGGCCGCAAUUCCCUAA